AUGAAUUCUCCACUAGAAUCCCUAGAUAUUAACUGCAGUGCCCGCGAUAUUGAGGAUUAUUUUGGACGUUUUGAAAUCUGGUGGUUGACUCUUUCGAAACCUGAUGAGGAAAAGAAACCCGCUUUCUUUCUGAAUGCUGCCGGAAAAAAUGCUUAUACACUAAUCAAAAACUUGGCGUAUCCUUCCACACGUGUUUCUAUACCGUAUGAGGAUUUAAAAUCCCUCCACCUACAACAAAUGAAGCCGAAAAUAUUCGAAGCCUCAGAGAGGGCAACAUUUCAUUCAGUGAUACGCAAUCCGAAUCAGGGCAUCCGUGAAUUCAUCCUGAAUUUGCUCACUCAAGCUGCAAAGUGUGACUUUGGAGACUUACUGGACAGGCAGUUGAGAGAUCGGCUGAUCGUUGGCAUAACAAUACCACGUUCAAAGAUGUGCGGAUCAUUGUGA